AUGCCUCAUGUCCCUGUGCUCCUGUCCCUGUACUCCUGUCCCUAUGCUCAUGUCCCUGUGCUCCUGUCCCUAUGCUCAUGUCCCUGUGCUCCUGUCCCUAUGCUCAUGUCCCUGUGCUCCUGUCCCUGUACUCCUGUCCCUAUGCUCAUGUCCCUGUGCUCCUGUCCCUAUGCUCAUGUCCCUGUGCUCCUGUCCCUGUACUCCUGUCCCUAUGCUCAUGUCCCUGUGCUCCUCCUGCUCAUGUCCCUGCUCCUGUCCCCCUCAUGCUCCUGUCCCUAUGCUCAUGUCCCUGUGCUCCUGUCCCUAUGCUCAUGUCCCUGUGCUCAUGUCCCUAUGCUCCUGUACCUGUGCUCCUGUCCCUGUGUUUCUGUCCCUGUGCUCCUGUCCCUGUGA